GGUUACCAAACCUUGGAAGAAGAAAAAAGACCCAACAAAGAUCCAACAAAGGUAAAAGUGGUUCCUCUUAAAAUGAAACUUUUAUGAACUGGAUACAUGUACAGAUGAAGAGUGGCCUUUGACCACUAGAUGGCAGUGUCAGAAAUGAAACUAUCCACUGCUGAGCUGAGCAAUUAUGUAUAGACUAUUUUUGUCCUCAGUAACUUUAAGCACGUUGAAACACAGAUUAAAAUAAACAUAAAGCUGCUUUGUUGUUGCUACAUAAAGAUUUAUUGAUUGUCUGAAUAAAUGAAUGAAUAACUGUUUAACACAAUGCAGUACAAAUACAUCUCUACACUGAUAAUCAGCAGCCAAAGUCAGGUUUCCUGUCCACCUGAUAACGAGUAAAGAACCACUGAAACGAAUGAAGUUACAGAUGUUAGAGAUCACGUUACAACCAAAAAUAUAAAACAUGAAUCCCAAUGAUCAUCGAUCAGUCGUGGUGAAGAAAGAGCUGAGCUGUAAGGCCAGACUCUCGAUUUACCGUUCGAUCUACGUGCCGAUCCUCACCUAUGGCCAUGAACUCUGGGUAAUGACCGAAAGAACAAGAUCGCGGAUACAAGCGGCCGAAAUGGGUUUCCUUCGCAGGGUGGCCGGGCUCAGCCUUAGAGAUAGGGUAAGGAGCUCGGACACUCAGGAGACGCUCAGAGUAGAACCGCUGCUCCUCUGGUUAGGACGCCUUCUGGACGCCUCCCAUUAGAGGUGUUCAGGACAUGUCCCACCGGGAGGAGACCUCGUGGCCGGCCCAGGACCAGGUGGAGGGAUUAUAUCUCUCGCAUGGCCUGGGAGCGCCAGGGAAUCCCCCCGGAGGAGCUAGUGGAAGUGGCCGGGGUGAGGGCCGUCUGGACUUCCCUCCUGAAGCUGCUGCCCCUGCGACCCGGACCCAGAUGAAGCAGAAGAAAACAACGACGAAUCCCAAUGAAAUGAGCACACAGAGGCCCUUGAUCAACUUUAUACUUCUGAAAGCAAUGUUCAAAAUUAAGACAACGCUGUUCGACAUUGAAAGGUGGGUUCGUAUUGUCUGGGUCCAUCAUUUUUCAGAUACACAGAAACUUUUAUCUGUUCAAAAAGUUACAAACUAUAAUUCCUGUCUGUGCUUACUGGAUUGUCCUGUUUAUAAUAACGCAUUGUUCUUAGGUUAUAGUCUGAUGGAUUGACAUUCUGGCAAGCUUACUGUAACAGCCUUAAGGGUUUGUGGGGAUUAAAAGACACUGAAGUUCCACCGACAAUGCACAUGUAAUACCUAUCAAACCGUCAACCUUCCAGUUGUUUAGACUGCUCUAACUCUGAAGCUUCUGCUGCCCCAGUUAAUAAUAAUAACUAAGAAUGGCUGUUUCAUGAAAAAACCCUUUCCAGAUAGAUUACAGAGUUGUCCUGGAUCAGGAUAACAUACCAGAAUAAAUAAAAGCGUCAGUGUAAACUUGGCGAAGCAGGAUUAAGAUUGGAUGGGACUUUGCCACUGCUGCUUUUGUGUCAUCCUGUUUAAUCGGAUUGAUAAAUUUCUGCUAUUGAAAAACUUGACAGUGUCAUAUGCUAUUACAGGACACAGUCUGCCCUAUUUGUACAUUUGAUAAAGUUAAAUGAUGAUUUUUUUAUUCAUUUAUUUGUUCAUGUAGCUGUGACAAAUCCCUGAUCACGAAGUAAUAUCAGGUUACAGGAAAUAUUUGCUCUUUUACAAGUUGGUCUACUUUUUUUUAUCCUUCUCUCUGCUCAGCUAAGCCUUACCAAACCUUAUUGAUUGUUUGGGUGUGUGAAGACAGCCUAGUGCAUAUGAGCCAAAGGGAGCAGGGAAUAAUAUACUUUUGCCAGUAAACUGAGUUUUUCCCAGUAUUUGCAGACUGGAAUAAAUUACGUUAAACCACCUUGACAAGCUAUGUGUUAGCUUGACUUAACUAUUCAACACCCCGAGUCAGCGCUGUGGAGCUAAAAAACCCCAAAGAAACCCAACUGUGGGUGCUCAAAUGGGUGUUGUUGGUGUUGCUUAACCUCAUUUGAAUUUUACAGAUACUGAAGUCUUGAAUUCUGCCAGCCUUCAAAGAUAUAUGCUUACUUCAUCUUGUCUGCCAAAAAUAACUCUCCCACAUACUUUCUUGGCAUUAAGUGGUGGGUUGGGUCCCAAAAGUAUGUCACGAAGCCAGUGCCAGAUAUGUGUCAAAUCAGGAACCAACAAGUAGACCUUGAAAAAAAGUCUCUGCUGCAGGUUCGUUUCAGGACAUGUUCCCAGCAACGUCGGAGUCAUUGACUUCAACUGAGUGGAGGGCAAUAACGCGCCUUAAAGUUAGUGGUUACCUGCUUUGAAAGAUCUCUGAUGUGUGAUUGUCAUCAAAAUCUGGUGGUGACUAUGGAGGUUAGACUACUUGGGCGACAGUAGCUCAGGAGGUAGAGCGAUCGUCCAAUGACUGGAAGGUUGGCGGUUUGAUUCCCCCGUAUCCCAAGUCUCUCUGUUGAGUCCUUGGGCAAGAUACUUAAUCCACCUUGCUCCCAGUGUGUGUCCUCCACUGGUGUGUGAUUGUGAGUGUUGUUGGAUGGUUGUUAAGAGAGGCCAUAGGUGUAAACUGGCAGCCACAUUUCUGUCAGUCUGCCCCAGGGCAGCUGUGACUACUGAGGUAGUUUACCACCACCAAAGUGUGAAUGAUGUAUCCAGUGUUAAGCGCUUUGAGGGUCUCUGGUAAAGCACUAUAAAAUCUGAUGCAUUAUCAUUAUUAUUAUUGAGCACCACCGUACCUUUUUUUUGUACACACAUUUGCUUAUUCUGCGUAUAAAGUCAUGCAUAUAAAUAUCUCCAAUUGUUCAACUGUAACAUUUCAAACAUGUACAUAACAGCUGUAAAUGACACUCAUAUAUAUUUACAUAUAUCUUUUUUAACCUUCAAGUUUCUUCUUCUUUGUAAUUUGUAAUUUCCCCCUGUGGGCUAACAAAGGAACAACUUAUCUCUCUUUUGUUUUCAUACCUAAGCUCUUUUCACAUGUCCUAGAUACCUUAACUGCUUUGACCCUGAAAAUUAAAACACUCAAUGACAGCUCAUAACGCUGUUUGUCUCUCAAGUCGAGAAAAUGUUGUCAUGAUUAACACACCUGGGCUGUGGGUUUGUUUUUCUUGAAGCUCUGCCAAUGGUGUCAGUUUGUUCUUUCAAAGUGCAACAUAAACAUUCUUGUGGGUUGCCUCUCCCACAUCUCACUUCAUUGGGCUCUUUCAGCACCAUAUGAUAGCUCAACCAUAUCACGCACACAUUUUGUUCUGCCUGAGCUGGAUAGUCAAGUUUGCCAGCCAGGUCACAAUAAGUUGCCUGCUGCAGUCAGAAGAAGUCAUCUGUUCCACUUUGCUGGUUGUGUCGUACUCGGAGGUGAGAAUCAACGCUUAUUUACUCUUUAAAUUCAAGGUCUAAAUUAGGUCAGAAAUAUCAAUGCUCAAUGUGAUAAUUUGACUGUCAUGGUGCAAGAUAGUGCAAGUUGUUAAAAGCUACGGUUCCUGGUGUAGACGCCUUGUUUGCAAGACCUUGAUGCGUGUUUGCACAGAGCUGUUUCUGAUCGGCUGGUUAUCUGUAGAAUAAUCCUCAGUCGUUUCGUCGUGGAUGACUUCUUCAAGAAAGAUAAUAAGCUAUCAAAGACACUAUAAUACUACAUUAGGGAUGGGUAUUGAUAAGAUUUUACUGAUACCAAUGCCAUUAUGGAUUCUUCCUGUGAAUUUUGUGUACAACAUUUUAUUGAGUUUAUAUGUGAAUAAACAUAAAAAUUGGUCACUGGAUCUGGAUACCUCUGGAUAUCUCUGGAUGUGAAUAAAUAUAUCAGUACAUACUCAACAGUUCUUGUUUAAAAAUACAAACACGGGAAAGAUCCUUGAUUUUUCAGACGGGGUUAAAGAUGCUUGGACACACAAAUAGGUAGCCGAAAAUGUUGAGAGCAAGACUAGGUGGUAAGGGUACUUCGUCCACUGCUAAUAUUGUCUAAAAUGGGUUAGUGUUUGUACAGCAUUUGUUCCAUAUGUGUCAAAUAACAUUACAGACUUUGUCAUUGAAAGAGCUGUGCUAAUAUUAACAGGACAGAAAAGAAACAAAACUAACCUCAUCAGUUGGUGGAGUUGCCACCCUUCUCUGAUAGUACAGCAUUGCACAAAUGUACUGAUGACAAAGGGUUGAACCAUUUCUAAUCCAUUCCCAGCAGGAACCAUUUGUCAAUACCCAUCCCUUCUGGCAAUGGACGACUUUUAGAUCUUAUGUUGACUGAACAUGCCAACUACUUUGACGUUAGUUGCAAAACAAGUAUCAAAAUUCAAUCCCAAGGACUUGAGGACUUAGAAAACACUCUGUUCACUGUACUGGAGAAGCUGCAGAUCCUCCACCGAGGAGAAAUGAAUUAAAAAGCUUGCUUAAAAGACAGCUGCUAAAAACUCAGUUAUAUCGGACCUUCAACAAAAGACCGCAACUUCUACAAAGGCAAAAUAUCUGUAAUUCCUCAGGUUUUUUCAUACCACAAUUUUUAUCAAGAAAUAUUUCAUUGUCUGUUUCUAUUCCGAACCUCAGACAGUGCAGCAAUGCCUUCACUGGGUGCGUGUACCAACAUCAUCAACUCACGUAGCAAGAAAGACAGCUAUGGGACCGUUGCUAACCCAGAGGAUGCCUUCAACCAAAAUCCAGAUCAGCUGAAACAUCACCUUCUCAGCCAUAAUGAGAGAUUCAUUGACGGCAUGUUCCCCCCUGAAAGGAGAUCCAUUGGUCAGGUACCAGAACCCUUUCGGAACAAGAUGAUCCAGAUUGUUUGGCUGAGACCAUCGGUGAGUUUUUUGGCAACCAAACAUUAUCUGUUGUCCCAUAUUACUCUGAAAAUGUAUGAAAUAUGUGACAGCAUUAAACCUCUUUUUAAAGCCAGCAGAGUAGUGCAUCAGUGUAAUAACUUGGAUUGGUUACAGUCAUCAGUUUCUGUAUUGUAUAUUAUUCUUUUUGUUCCAGAAAAUUGUUUCCAACCCAUGCUUUGUUAACGAAGGAGUUUCCAGGUUGGACUUUAAGCAAAGUAAUUAUGGUAAGAAAUGUAGUUGGUGAUAUCCAGUUUCUGCAUAAAGUCAUCAGGAUGUAUUACACCGGUGGUUUGGCAUGGCCGUGUUAGUGAUUUGAUUGAUUUGUAAACUUCAAACUGUGUACUUAUCCUUUACCCGCUUAUUACAUAUGUCUGAUCACAAUGUUUUCUGAAUUUAGUUGGAGACUGCUGGUUUCUCGCAGCUAUUGCGACACUGACCCUCCAGCCGGCUAUUUUUAAGCAAGUUGUUCCACUUGAUCAAGGUUUUGGUGACGGCUACUGCGGGCUGUUUCACUUUAGGGUAAUCCCCCCAAAAAACCACAGAGUUAAAAAUGUACACACGGUAUCUUAUUUUGAUUAAUUACACAUCUUAUCUUCCUCUGUUUAUUGAAUUCAGUUCUGGAGAUUUGGCAGAUGGGUGGAUGUUGUCAUCGAUGACAAGCUACCAACCAUCAAUGGGAAACUCAUCUUUGCGCAAUCUAAAAACCCAAAUGAGUUCUGGGCUGCUCUGUUCGAGAAAGCCUAUGCAAAGUAUGGAGCACACAUGAAAUUCACAAUCACAACCUAAGAAUGAGAGUUGUCUUUUUGUUUGGAUAUGUUUCAGUAAUUCUUAAAAUCUCAUGAAACAGACUGUGCGGUUCCUACUUUGACAUGCAAGGUGGAAGUCCUACUGAGGCUCUGAUGGACUUCACUGGUGGCAUUUUCAUGAGUGCCAGGCUGUCCCCAAAACCCCCACCAGAUCUGUGGGAGCUGAUGUUCAAGGCAGCCAAGUCCAACUCAAUGAUGUGCUGUAGUUCAAAACCAGGGGUGAGUACAGAGUUAUCACACAAAUCCAAACUAGCUGGUUCUAUGUUGAGUUCAUUUUUUUAUGUCACAGAUCCCCACAUCAGAUCAUUUGUCACUUACAUGUGUAAAUGCUAUCAUAGACUGUGUUUGCCUGGUUUGGUUUGUAGGGUUUAUGCUAAAACUAAUUAAAAGGGGGAUAUUGUGCAUUUUUUUCAGACUCACAGUUUCUUUUUUUAACCAUAAGAUUUCAAUUUGUAUCUUAAUCUUGUAGAAGACAGCUGGAAACGCCGAACUACCAUGCGGAGUGGUCACAGGUCAUGCCUACGGUAUAACUUCAGUGGAUCAGGUCAGAACUGCAUUUAUUUUACACGCUUUGCAAUAAACAUUGUGCGGUAAUUCAGUAUCAUAAAUGAUGUCCACGGCUCUUUGUUGGUCAGCUGAUAAGCCAAGUGGGAACUGUGAGGCUGGUGCGCAUGUUGAACCCCUGGGGAGAAGGAGAGUGGAAAGGAGACUGGAGUGAUAAGUAAGAACCAGCAUCGAAUAACUGUUUCACAUUACUUUAAUAUCAAGUUUGCUGUUAAAUGGGAUUAUUGUUGCUCCUCAGUCAUUGCUCCAAGUGUUAGUAGAUUCAGACCCGCUAAUCUUAAAUAGCAUCUCAAAGCUGAAAUUGCCACUCAGAGCAACAACGAUCAAGGAAAGGGUAAACACUGACUUUGACACUGUUGACCACCAGUUUCUUUUACAUCGAUUAAAUGAACAUGUGGGCCUCACAGGAAAUGUUCCACUCUUCUACACACCAAGAGGUUUCCAGUGGGGUGCCACAAGGAUCCAUUUUAGUUACUUUUUAAUUUGUACAUGUUACCUCUGGGUGGUGUCAUCAGGAGACACGGCAUCUCUUUUCACAGUUAUGCAGAUGACAUUCAGCUCUAUGUGGCCGUGUCUCCUGAUGACAACAGCCAGUUGGGGUCACUUUUAAAUUGCCUUUUAGAUGUAACAGCCUGGAUGUCACAGAAUUUUCCGCAGCUCAACCAGGACAAAACUGAGGCUCAGAGAGAGAAACUGACCCCCAAAACUCCUCAAAAUAGGUCGUAACCCCAGCCAAGAAGCAUGAAAUCUCAGGGUGGUCUUUGAUGCUGAUUUUAACUUUAAAACUCAUGCUAGGGGGGGUCACUAAAACAGCCUUUUACCAUCUUAAAAACAUUGCAAAAGUACGCCCGUUUCUCUCUCUGAGCCAGACAGAGAGACUAAUGCACGCUUUUAUACCCAGCAGGCUCGACUACUGUAAUGCUCUUGAUGCUCGUCAACAUACGCUAUCUGAAAUAUCAAUCUAAUUUUCACAACUUUUACAUUGACUAAUGCUUGUCAGUCUUCAAACUUACUACAACUUUUCCCUUUAAAUGUUAAAAAAAACCAAUAUUUUCCAUCCUUUUCUUCUGCUUUUUUUUUAAUUUGUCAUUGAACUUUGAAAGGUCCCCUUGCUGGCAAACCGUCAGUCCUCAGGACCGUGAGAAGUGCCUCUGUGUGGCUGAAAAUGGGGAGUUCUGGUAUGUAUGCUCAUUGAAAUCAGACUUGAAUUAAAAUAUGAUCAUGUUUAAAAUUAGGGUUGUAUUAUGUACUUUAGUUGUUAUUCCUUCAAAACCAGAUGUUCAUGUAUUGCAUUGUAUGCCUUAUUCAAGUAACUCAGAUAAUUUAACUUUUAUUCCCAGUUGGAUCAAGUACAGUCAUACGUAAUCAUGGUCUGAAUUUGUAACUGACUUCAACAGGAUGGCCCUGGAAGACCUCUGUAGGCUUUACAGCAGAGUUGACAUCUGCUGCCAGUGUCCUAGCUUCCUCGAUGGGAGCUCUGAAUGUCACUGGAAGACAUCUAUCCAUGAAGGACGAUGGGUCACAGGAUCCACCGCGGGAGGAGCCCAAAACAGCGGUACUUUCAGGAUUUUUGGAUCAACACAAAACUUUCUAAUGUUGAUAUUUUCACUAGGGGUUUGAUACGAUACUGAUAUUGUAGCCUUCUUUAGUAUUAACUGAUACCAAUAUUGAUCUGAUAUUGGUGCAAACUUAUGCAUGACCAGUUUUGCAACAAGGGCUGACAUCUCUCCUACUCCUUGCUACUUUGUUAGUACCUUACUACAAAUUGGGCUCAAUUUUCGUGUCUGCCAGCAGUGCAGCGGAUGGUGACGGACCCGGGCAGUGGUGUUUUCGUCUGGUGGAGCCUGGAGCACAGCCAGUUUGGUAUUUUCAUAGACUGAGGCGCACCAAGGUCCGCCAAGCUGGGCGGGGGGCGCGGUAGGGGGGGUUGUCGACAGAAUCAGCUGGCGCGGUGACAUUUUCGUGCCCGUCGGUGGCGUAGAAAGUGCGCUGAAAGCUCGCCGAUUCAAAGAUGGUCAGCUUUCAGUGCAGGUGGAGCACAGCUGGUCUAGUGGUAUUUUGGAAGACCGACGGCGUAGUGCGCAUACGUCACCGAUGCCUCACUGGCAGGUUUCCACAGUGUCAGGCACAUUUCACUAUAAUAAAUAAUCAAUAACAAGUCAGCACAUACAUUUAGAUCUAUAUAGAUAUAUUCUGAUCUAUAUCUGAUCUGAUGAGCGCGUUUGGCACGCGUUUGGACACACAACCUGACCGAAUCAACACAGCUGAAACCACACUAAAUUAAAUUAAAUAUCUAGUAAAUAAACACACGUGAUGAAGUUAACAAGAUAUGUAAUUCGUCUCCCUCCUUUUCUUUCUUCCUCUUCCUCUUACUUCUCGCGCAGCUCGACCUGGACAUGUCUCUGUGUCCUCUCUCCGUCAAACAAAAAGUCAUGUAUACAUCAACGUUAAUAUAGUGUCUCAUUCCUCCUGAAUUUAGGCAUGUAAAAGUAAAACUCUUCAGUAGAGAUAAAGUUGUCAAUGCCAAAUACAAAUAAUGUCCUGCGGCAGUUAAUUGUUCAAAACAAAACCCUAAGUUAUCGGACAAAAGUCUGGUUUCAUUUUGAUGUGAAUUUGGUCUUUUGCCUUUAAUGCCUUUACUCUCUUCUCAGCUACUUUCUGGACCAAUCCUCAGUAUCGGGUAAAGGUCGAGAAGUUAUCUGAUGAUUGUUCUGCGACGCAAGGUGAAUAUAACAUGCUGGUGUGUCUUAUGCAAAAACCUGACAAGAGGAACAGACGUAUGGUGAAAAAUCUCUUCCUCGGGUUCGUCAUUUAUGAGGUAAAACGAUAUGCUGCUUUUUCUGUUCUUUUGGCUUUAAUUCUGCGAUAAUCUUUUUAAACAGGACCUCGACACAUAUAUAUUAUUAUUUACAUUAUUAUUAUUAUAUUACAUUAUCAUUGUCAACACAUCUAACCAAAGGAACAUUUAUUUUGUUUCCUUUGGGAUCCAAUUUUCCUCCACGUUCUUCAAAGGUGCCCAAAGAAGUAAGUAACAUCUGAAGUAAUCUCCCCUACAUCUACAGUAUAUUUUGCACACAGGUGUAAAUGAUCUCUUUAUGUUUUUACAGUACCAAGGAAAGAAGUUACCAGCCUCUUUCUUCAAGAGACGAUAUAUCGCAGCAGUGGACAAAUACAGAAACAAACGUGAAGUGAUGGCUCGUGUCGCGCUGAAGCCAGGUGAAUACGUGAUCGUGCCGUGCACCAGCGAGCCCGAUGAGACAGCUUCCUUCAUCCUGAUCAUCGUCUCCAAGGUCGAGACCCACGUCGAGUAAGUUCCUCUCAAUUUCUCUCCGUUUGGAUCCCAGUUUCCUGCUUUCAUUUUAUUUUCAGUUGCUUGCAUAGAAAAUGGAGCUAAAAAUUUGAAAGGCGGUAAGGUUAAGGUGAGGAGUUAGCAGUACGAUUUUAGAGCAUGUGUUAGAGAUGGUGGAGAAUGAAUAAAAGUGUGAUCCAAAGACCUGUCGAAAUACUUUGUAAGUUGUCUUUAUAGACCCACUCCGAUGAAAAUGUAUGUUUUUCUUGUUGUUUACGUGUUCAUAUGGGAUUUAUCUGAUGCUACAGGACAUACCAUGAGACAUAUAAACAUGAGAUUGUAUUUCUGAGUAUUUCUGCAUUCAAAUCUCUGCAAAUCUCUGGCAAACCCAAACGGCAGGUUCAGACCAUAGAAUGAAUAUUGAAUGGACGCAGACAGCACCCUCUGGUGACGGGCUGCAGUAUAGGUCAUAAAUCCCGCCUCCUCCAGCAAUCCCUAUGGAGCUGUGGACAAACUUUAUAAAUUAAUGACACAGGAUAUAAAUGUUUCUCCCCCCUGGUUGUGAUGUUGACAUGUAGUUACUGUAAGACUGGUUUGUGCUCAAGUCCUCUUUUUUCUGUACAACUCUGUUUUUAAAACUCUCCCGCUGAAUGUGUACAAUGCUACUGUGCAAUGUUGGUUUCACAAAAUGGUAAAAAAAAAACCACAGAAUUAACGUGAGCUUUUUGGCUUCAAAUCCGUAUACUGGCGGAAGGCAGAACCCAGUUGUCCAUAGUAUAUACAGUCUUUGGCUUAGACACAGUGGGAUUGCACCAGACGAAAAUACCACUGUGUGGGGUCCACCACCCUCCGCCUCACCGCCGGCGGGCAGGAAAAUAGAGCCCCCAGUCUUAACUCGGUUUUUGAAGGUUUGUUGUGUAUUUUCUGAAAUUCAGCUUAAAAACAAAUUACACUCCUGUUGCUGUUGUUGUUUGUCUUUCCUCACAGUGAAGAUUCAUGCGACGACAACUAUGAACGCAUCGAAGGAGAAGAGGUGUGAAAAGAUUACUUACUGGUGCUGAUUAAAUGUUGAAUGCUCUUUACUGAACAUCGACACCUCACUGCACCUUCAGCGUGUCAGUGUAAUAAUUAAACUGUGGAUCUGAAAACCCUCAAUCCUUUGCAGCCAACUCCAGACAAAGAGGAAGAAGAUCAGGAGAACAAGAAGACCUUGGUGCACCAACUGUCUGGCCAGGUAAUUUAUCUUUCUUUAUUUCUCUCUUUAUUAUUUCUACUGAAUGCAGAUGCCACCCCUUAAUUCUUUGGGGUUUCAUCUCUUAUAGAUGCAGGACUGAAAAGGUCAAAAUUAAAAGUUGUUUCUUUCAAACUCGUUAGGUUGGGUGUAUGAUUCUUACGUCUCUCCUCGUUCUUAUUUCUAUAACAGUACGAGGCGACCGACGCUGAUCUGCUCCAGGGGAUCCUGAAUGGCAAACUGCUGAAAGGUUUGCGUUAUGAAAUACCUGCAAGUUGAAUAAGUUUUAUAAGCUAAAAUAUAAACAAGUUGAACCUUAACCAGAGCUACAAUGUUGAAAUCUGAAGGCCAAAUUUAGCAUCUCAUAUUUUUUUGUUGUUGCUUUUUAGGAAACUUGAAAACAGGAGGAUUCAGCAUUGAAGCCUGUCGCAGCAUGGUCGCGCUGCUGGAUGUAUCCUCUUCUCUUUGAAUCACUUUAACAUUGUUUUUAUCUUAUAAUCUCCAACGUUCAAGGAUGCAGAAGAUAACACAAAUACUGUGUUAUCGCCAAUGCUUCUCAUUUCAGGACUUUAAAUUUCAGGACUGUUUUUUUUAAGGUCGUGAAAUUUUUCAUGAGGUUCUGUUUAAACGCCUUGAUAAUCGUUAAAAAAAGACAAAACAAACUGGAAAACUGACCAAUGAGGAAUUUGCUUGUCUGUGGAACAAAGUCAGCAUGUUCCAGGUAAAGAAAAAAAAACGUGUAAAAAAAGUAAAUAUUUGAAAUAUUACGACAGAGUUUUAGGGUCACAUUCAGAAAAAAAACUUUGAGAUGAAAGUCAUAGAUUUAUUAGGAUAAUAUCAUGAUAUUACAAGAUUUAAGUAAUAAAAUACAACUUUUUUCUUGUAAAAGUCUUAAAAAAAAAUCUCACUGUGGCCCUCAUACUCCAUCGUAAAAUUAUUAUUUUUUUAUUUUAAUUGGCUCUAUGAUAAAAGACUCCAGAUAAAAGAUUUCCAUUAUCCGUUUUUUUCAGGACGUUUUCUCACAGGCUGAUGUUUCACAAAAAGGAACGCUCUCACUGAAGGAGCUCCAGAGUGCACUCCAGGCUUCAGGUUCACGACCAGCCUCUCAUUUUUAUAUUUUAGAGAGAGCGUGAUCAUAUUUUAUGGAAGAAGUCAAAUCUGAAUGUUUUUCUCAUGUGGUAAUCUCUUAAACCCGGUAAUGAAUAGUUUGACAGGGUUAUCUUUUCAGGUAGGUAGGUGGGAUAAAAGUUGUCUUUCGUCCAUCCACAGGAAAGAAGAUCAGCGAUGAUAUUUUUAACAUACUGGCUCUGCGUUACGUCUCCUCCUCGGGACAGAUGACGCUGGAGACUUUUAUCUGUAUGGCCCUCAGACUCGACUACAUGAUCCGUAAGUGAAGUUAGUUUAAGAAUAUUGAUCAACUCAGUCUUAUUACCUGAGAAAAAAAUGUUGUUUUUAUCAAAAAUAGACAAUCAGAAUAACGUUGCAUUAAAGUCAUGGUUGACGAUCAGAGAGAUUGGUAACUAUUAUGAACCUCGUUUCUAUGGCGAUCAUGGUCCUGUAGUGUGAUCUCCACAAAGUUAAGAGAUAAAAGAUCGGAAAAAAUCCGUUCACCCUAGCAGGUGCUGGGCUGCAAAAACAUUGACCAAUGGGAGCCAUCCGUCCCAGACAGCUCCUAUUGGUCAAUCUCCUGCUCCGCCUCUCUAUCCAAUCAACUCGCUGUAUUCGACACACCCUUCUCCCGUAGUUGCGACUCGGAGAGAAGAGAGGUGUGUGUGUGGGGGGUGGGAUGCUUUUUUCAAAUCUGCCUCAACAGCUCAGUUUUUUUCAACCCGCCCCUCCAAUCGCCAACCAUGACUUUAAUGUAAGAAUUUGAUCAUGAUAUAAGGAUAAUAAAACUGUAUAUAUAUAUUGAAAAAAAAGAGCUAUUAUACUUGACAUAACUCAUGGACAUGGAUGGAGAUGACCUUCACUAAGUACCUUCUUUAUUUUUCUUGUUUUUAACAGAGGUCUUCCGCCAACUGAGAAAAGGGAUGACUCUGACUCUUCGUAAAAGAGACGUAAUAAACUGAGCUUGAUUUCAUGUCUAUGAUUUUGUUAGCCACAUGAGAACUUUACCUUUAAGUCCUUAUUUAGAGUUGCAGUUUGACGUAAAAUGUCCGACCAUCAAGACAUGUUUAUAAUCGAUUCCUCUUUUCUUUUCAGUGGCUGUACCUUUCCAUGUACAGCUGAGGUGCAGAGGAGACGAUCAGCAGGACUUUCAGCAGGAGCUGUUAAACUAUCUCUACUUUACCUGUCUUAUGGGGACAAAUCCUGUGUCCAUAUCUUGCUCUCUUUAUGUGUCUCUUUUCAUUUUAGCAAAUCAUUUACUGACCAUGUUUUUUCCCAGUUUGCUUCAAAUGAGCAUGUUGUCAGGUGAAUUAUUAAUAACGGUGUGUACUGUGUUAAAUGUGAUGGGUUUUAAUAGAAGUGGGUUUUGCGACAGCUGAUGGUUAUCGUGACCUUCCCUAAAAUCGGAGGCGUAUUGUUCAGGCUUUAAGCUGCUAGCUUCCCCUCACCGCUGAAACUCAAAUCUGA